AUACUAUCGCUUAAAAAUGUGUAUGUUUUGAUUAAAAUUUCAUGCAAUAAGUGUCUUUAGUUUAUUUCGCCUGCUUUAUUAUUGUUUACAAUUAUGAGAUUUAAUGUAGCUUCCAGGGGUUUCAAGCAUCCAAAAUAUAUAUUUGUCCAUAAAAAAUGGGACAGAGAGCCAAGGUUCAACCCAGGAUGGUUUCGACAAUGGCGAAGAACAUUUUUCUGGAAAAGUAAGGUUACCGUUGAAGAGAUUCCAGUUCCAAUCGCGUCUGGAUAUUCCGCUGUAGACGCAAAUGAAUUUGUAACUGAGCAUCGUGAAAAAUGGAUCCAUCCUGAGAUUUGGCCUUACGAAAAAAAAUAUGAGAAAGGAUCACCCGAUGACCCUGCAUAUAAACCCAUAAUGGCCCAUCAUUUCAAUAGAAGUACAACCAUAUAUGAAGGCUUCAAAGGAGCGAUGAAUUUCUCCAAUACUGUUAUGGAAGGAGAAGACAAUUUACCAAGUUGUAUCUCUUCUUUGGAAGAUAAUAUUUCCAUUGAGGAUAAAUUUAUAAGUCUGUUAGAAAAGCGAUUACAAUUUGCUUAUGAAGAUGAUUGUCUCUUGACAAAAACUCGUAAAGUGCGAAAAUGGCCAAGGCUUGAUAUUAAGCCGAGAUUUGGAUUUGGAACUCCAGUGAGUCGAACCGAAGGAAAUGUUUUAAAUAGUUUUUAUGAUGUUUCUCAGUUAUGGAUCAACAAAUAUCAUCAUUUAAUUGAUAGACGAAGACUUAAUUAUCCAACCGUUUUAGUACCUUUUGUUCGAGAUAGUCAGCUGAUAACUUUAGAUUUAUCAUGUGAUUUUGUUACAUUAGUUCAAAAAUCAUCGGACAAUUAUCUCACUCCAAUUUUCAACAAAAGUGAGUGUUAUGAAGAACCAAGCAAGACUUUAGAUAAAAAGCUGAUAUCGAUACAUCCUUGCAAUUGGGAAAUUUGUUUCGAUAAAACUCAUUGGUAUUCAACAGAUUUUGCGUGGAGUUUACCUCCGAAAGACCAAGUUCACACAAUCUAUUUAACCGAUUCCAGAUUUAGAAUCAAAAAGUUUGUGGAUCGUUUUGCGAAAGCAAAAGCCUUGAUGUUUUGCUAUGGAUAUGGUGCUGCGCAAUUCCGACUCAAACAUGGCAAUUGGAAUGAUCAUGAAGACAGGAUUAAUUAUCAAAUUUUGGAAAAACCAAUAUUAGUCAACUCGGUUUUUACUAAUCUUUCAAAAAACUCAGUUGGGUUUUGCACAUUUCAAUUGAACACCACUGACUUCAACUCUGAUGUCAAAAAUCAAGUUUGGUUCAACGGACCGUACGAGAUCAAUGAGAACAAGGAAUUGAUUCUGAAAAAACUAAUCGCUAUGAAUCUUUAUGGUCCUUAUAAUCAACCCACUUUUUUAGUCAACGAUAAAACCACAGAGCGUGAUAGAGCGGAGCGUAGUGAUUCCACCUCUGCAACUCUUUAGAUACUCUUUAAAUUAAAAAAUUAUCUAAUUAUGAGAGGUUAAACUGUAAAUACACUUUCUUUAAGUUAUUAAAGCAAUUUUAAUGGCUUAGCAAGUGCAAAAUUAUGAAAAUAAAAUUCACAAAAUCUUAUUGUUAUAA